AUGUCUACUGUUAACGAGGAGGAUGAGUUGGUAGAAGACCGAUUUGACGACCAGAGUUUCGAGGAUGCACCGCUCUCAGAUGUGGAGUCAAAUUUUGACGAGGACGACUUGAAAAGCGUCGAUGAUAACCAAGUAUAUGAAGAACUUCCCCUACAACAGUAUUGCCCUAGUAGCAAUUGGUCGCUAGCCAUUAUUCCAAACCAGUCUGAUGAACAAAGCUCCAGUUAUGGCGAAUUUUCUAUAACGCGAGCGUUCUCUGUCAAGAGCAGCGAGUUUAUCACGGAUCAGAAGGCUUCCGAUAUUCUUCAGCGAGAAGAGGAGUCCUUCAUGCGUGGUCAUGGGCGGUUCAUUCCUGAUGAUCCAAGGUUCAAUAGAAGCCAUUUUGAAAAGGAAAACAGCUGGGAACCAAGCAUCAUCGACCAAUCAUCUUUUCAAAUUGCUGAUAAAACCUGCUCUCCUUCUAGUCUUCCUGUGCCAACGGCAAGUUUUGUUGUGUCGUGCCAUCUGAAUGUCUUGAUAGAGCUCGCUCAUUCAGCAGAAAAUGAACUGCCGAAAUCUAUUCAAGAGCCAGCAAGCGGUGAUGUUAACGUGGCAGCUGAUUGCGACAUCAUUGACAAGCAUGUCCAGUUUCGCGCCACCACUCCCACUGGAGACAACGUUGCAACGGGAACCGUUCUCACUAAUCUUACUAACAAACAAAGUGAUGACAAUGUGCCUGCUUUAAAUGCCAUACGGUCUACUCCUCAGCGAUUCCCAACCAAUCAUCCCCCAUCAUUACUGACCAACGAAUCACCCAAUCCUAAUAGCGAUUCCACAAUCGGCGGGGUACAGACAAGCACUCCUGUCUCAGUCGUUGCGAAACUGGCCUCUCGUACAAGACGACUUGAGCUGGCUGAGAACUUUCAUGGCGUGUCAGUAAUUUUACCUGAAGGAGAGUCUUUGAGAGAAGGGCAACGUACGCUGAAUGACCAAUCUGUCGGAGAACUUACUAAUACUACAAUAUUGAGUGUCGGGAAAAUUCAAAGCAUUCUCAAGAGUCAACCUGCUUCGUCCUCACCACGAACUUUGAUGAAAGUUCUGGAUGAAUACAAACGAGAACGUGUGAAAGCUCGAAGAGUGACAUCUAUAAGUUCCGGUGAUUCAAAUAAACCUACCGAAGUAAUUACGAGUCGAGCAUUAGACAAUGUCAAAACUCCUGCGUCAGUGGAUACAGUAGCUUCAUGUAUCUCCAAGGUCAAUAAUCGACUCAGUGGAUCAAGACCAGCCAGCACUGUUAGUCAGCAAUCCUCGAUUAGUCAAGAGAGGACGACACGUGAAGACCCACCGAGCAGUCGUCCCGAUUCAGCUAGGUCUUCGAGCUCCCUGUCUAGUGCUGUCGGUGUGCGGAGUUCCUCACAAAUGAGCACUAGUGUUUCGACAAGAUCUGUGCUUCAUAUUCCUCGGCGUGAAGUCGCCUUUGGUUUUGUGGCUGUGGGAGAUGCUGCAAUAUCGACUGUUGAUGUGACAAAUCGCACUGACCACUCUUUGCGGUUGCGAGCUAAACUCAGUCAAACCGGCACCCCAUUUACGCUAUUGGACAGCCAGAUUCUUGUACUGGAUGCACAUAGGACAACGAGUCUUCGCAUAGAAUUCUCUCCAACACAGAAUGCUCGAUUUUUCACUAAGCUACUAAUUUCCGCAGAAGGAGGGGGUGGACCUCAAGUCGGAUACAGGAUGCCAGUUCGCGGAGUUGGAGGCGCUGCUGUUGUAACGGUCAAAGCUAGGGACGACCUGCGCAUAUCACGAAAUGGCACUUAUGUCCUGCAGUCUUCCUAUGAGUCCACGUUCUCGUUUACAUUGACAAAUUCGGGGAAUCGUGCUUCGUUGACGUUGAACUACUCGAUGCGUCAAGAGAAAAUCUCACAACUCUGUGAUUCACUGAAGCUUUCUCAAAUCGCUGGUCAUAUUCGACUUUAA